CGCGGCCAGGGCUCGCGAAGCCGGAAGUGUCCCGAGGCGCAAGGAGGCCGCGGGAGCCCGCUGGCGGUGGCGCGACGGAGACCGGGCGCGUUUAAUAAGAAGAUCUCCUGACCAAGCCGAGAUGCAGAGCACCUCUAAUCAUCUGUGGCUUUUGUCUGAUAUUUUAGGCCAAGGAGCUACUGCAAAUGUCUUUCGUGGAAGGCAUAAGAAAACUGGUGACUUGUUUGCUAUCAAAGUAUUUAAUAACAUAAGCUUCCUUCGUCCAGUGGAUGUUCAAAUGAGAGAAUUUGAAGUGUUAAAAAAACUCAAUCACAAAAAUAUUGUCAAAUUAUUUGCUAUUGAAGAGGAGACAACAACAAGACAUAAAGUACUUAUUAUGGAAUUUUGUCCAUGCGGAAGUUUAUACACUGUUUUAGAAGAGCCAUCUAAUGCCUAUGGACUACCAGAGUCUGAAUUUUUAAUUGUUUUGCGAGACGUGGUGGGUGGAAUGAACCAUCUACGAGAGAAUGGCAUAGUGCACCGUGAUAUCAAGCCAGGAAACAUCAUGCGUGUUAUAGGGGAAGAUGGACAGUCUGUGUACAAACUCACAGAUUUUGGUGCAGCUAGAGAAUUAGAAGAUGAUGAACAGUUUGUUUCUUUGUAUGGCACAGAAGAAUAUUUGCAUCCUGAUAUGUAUGAGAGAGCAGUGCUAAGAAAAGAUCAUCAGAAGAAAUAUGGAGCAACAGUUGAUCUUUGGAGCAUUGGGGUAACGUUUUACCAUGCAGCUACUGGAUCACUGCCGUUCAGACCAUUUGAAGGGCCACGUAGGAAUAAGGAAGUGAUGUAUAAAAUAAUUACUGGAAAGCCUUCUGGUGCAAUAUCUGGAGUACAGAAAGCAGAAAAUGGACCCAUCGACUGGAGUGGAGACAUGCCUAUUUCUUGCAGUCUUUCUCGGGGUCUUCAAGUUCUACUUACCCCUGUUCUUGCAAACAUCCUUGAGGCAGAUCAGGAAAAGUGUUGGGGUUUUGACCAGUUUUUUGCAGAAACUAGUGAUAUACUUCAUCGGAUGAUAAUUCAUGUUUUUUCACUGCAACAAAUGACAGCCCAUAAGAUUUAUAUUCAUAGCUACAAUACGUAAUGCUACUGUAUUCAUGAACUGGUAUAUAAACAAACCAAAAUUAUUUCUUCAAAUCAAGAACUUAUAUAUGAAGGACGACGUUUAGUUAUAGAACCUGGAAGACUGGCACAGCAUUUUCCUAAAACUACUGAGGAAAAUCCCAUCUUUGUAGUGAGUCGGGAACCUCUGAGUACCAUAGGAUUGAUAUAUGAGAAAAUUUCCCUUCCUAAAGUACAUCCACGUUACGAUUUAGAUGGGGAUGCUAGCAUGGCUAAGGCAAUAACAGGAGUUGUAUGUUAUGCUUGUAAAAUUGCCAGUACCUUGCUGCUUUAUCAGGAAUUAAUGCGAAAGGGGAUACGAUGGUUGAUAGAAUUAGUUAAAGAUGAUUAUAAUGAAACUGUUCACAAAAAGACAGAAGUUGUGAUCACACUGGAUUUCUGCAUCAGAAACAUUGAAAAAACUGUGAAAGUAUACGAAAAGUUGAUGAAGAUCAACCUAGAAGCAGCAGAGUUAGGUGAAAUUUCAGACAUACACACCAAAUUGUUGAGACUUUCCAGUUCUCAGGGAACGAUAGAAACCAGUCUUCAGGAUAUCGAAAGCAGAUUAUCUCCAGGUGGAUUGUUGGCAGACAUGUGGGCCCAUCAAGAAGGCACUCAUCCAAAAGAUAGACAUGUAGAAAAGCUACAAGUCCUGCUAAAUUGCAUCACAGAUUACUAUCAGUUCAAAAAAGACAAAGCAGAACGUAGACUAGCUUAUAAUGAAGAACAGAUCCACAAAUUUGAUAAGCAAAAACUGUAUUACCAUGCAACAAAAGCUAUGACCCAUUUUACAGACGAAUGUGUUAAAAAAUAUGAGGCAUUUUUGGAUAAGUCAGAAGAAUGGAUGAGAAAGAUGCUUCAUCUUAGGAAACAGUUAUUAUCACUAACUAAUCAGUGUUUUGAUAUUGAAGAAGAAGUGUCGAAGUAUCAAGAUUAUACAAAUGAGCUGGUUAAAACUUUGCCUCAAAAAAUGUUUGCAGCCUCCAGUGGAAUCAAACAUACCAUGACCCCUAUUUAUCCAUGUUCUAAUACAUUAGUGGAAAUGACUCUUGGUAUGAAGAAAUUAAAGGAAGAGAUGGAAGGAGUGGUUAAAGAACUUGCUGAAAAUAAUCAUAUUUUAGAAAGAAUCAUAAGUUUAAAUUUUGGAAUCAGAAUGGCUUAUAAGAGGCACCUGCCUGGCUGGCUUAGAGCAUGUGACUCUUGA